AUGGAUGUGAGAGCGGCAUUGCAAUGUUUCUUCAGUGCAUUGAGUGGACGAUUCACUGGAAAAAAAUUGGGACUAGAGAUCUAUUCUAUCCAGUACAAAAUGAGCAAUAGUGGUGGGUCCUCUCCUUUCUUGGAAAGCCCUGGAGGUUCGCCCGACGUAGGCAGUACAAAUGGACAAAGUAAUCGUCAGAUUCAGGCGUUACAAUUCAAGCUCAAUACUCUACAAAAUGAGUAUGAGAUUGAAAAAUUGCAGCUACAAAAACAGACGAAUAUCUUAGAAAAGAAAUAUAAGGCCACGAUUGACGAAUUAGAGAAAGCAUUGAAUGAUACAAAAUAUCUUUAUGAAAGCAAUGAUAAAUUGGAGCAAGAGUUAAAGAGUUUGAAAGAAAGAUCAGCUAAUUCGAUGAAUGAUAAAGACAAAUGCAUAGAGGAAUUGCGAACAACCCUCCAAAACAAAGAUUUAGAAAUGGAGACUUUAAGGCAGCAGUAUGAUUCGAAGUUAUCAAAGGUCACUAACCAAUGUGACCAUUUCAAGUUGGAAGCAGAGAGCUCUCAUUCGCUACUGAUGAAAUAUGAGAAAGAAAUAAAGAGGCAAAGUGUGGAUAUCAAAGAUUUGCAGCAUCAAGUGAUGGAAAAGGAUGAUGAAUUAUCUUCGGUAAAAGCAUCUAAGAUGAUAAACUCACAUCCAAACUACUCCACCGAAGAGUUCAACGAGCUCACUGAAAUGAACAAAAUGAUCCAAGACCAAGUUCAGUAUACUAAAGAAUUGGAACUAGCGAACAUGCAACAAGCCAAUGAAUUGAAAAAACUUAAACAAUCCCAGGACACUUCUACUUUUUGGAAAUUAGAAAAUGAAAAACUACAAAACAAAUUAAGUCAAUUACACGUACUCGAAAGUCAAUAUGAAAAUCUUCAAUUGGAAAACAUAGAUCUAAAAUCGAAAUUAACCAAAUGGGAAAUUUAUAAUGAUAGUGACGAUGAUGAUGAUAACAAUGUUAACAACAAUGAUAAUAAUAAUAAUAAUAAAAAUGAUAAUAAUAAUGAUAAUAAUAAUGAUACAAGUAAUAACAACAAUAUUAAUAAUAACAACAGAACCAAAAAUAACAUAAGAAAUAACCCUGAAGAGAUUAUCCGGGACUGGAAACUUACCAAAAAGGAAUGUUUAAUUUUGACAGAUAUGAAUGAUAAGUUAAGAUUGGACAAUAACAAUUUAAAGCUACUGAAUGAUGAAAUGGCUUUAGAGAGAAACCAAAUACUAGAUUUGAACAAGAAUUAUGAAAACAACAUAGUAAAUUUGAAAAGAUUAAAUCACGAGUUAGAACAACAGAAGAGUUUAUCUUUCGAAGAAUGUCGAUUACUGCGCGAACAAUUAGAUGGCCUAUAUUCCGCACAAAAUAAUGCUUUACUAGAGGUCGAAAAUAGUGAAACACAUGCGUCAAACAAGAACGUAAACGAAGAUAUGAAUAAUUUGAUCGAUACUUAUAAAAAUAAGACAGAAGAUUUAACAAACGAACUAAAGAAGCUAAACGAUCAGUUAUUAUCAAAUUCCAAUGAUGUAGAAACACAAAGAAAAAAGAGGAAGUUGACAAGUGACCAAAUUGGUUUAAAUUAUUCACAGAGGCUCAACGAAUUGCAACUGGAAAAUGUAAGUGUCUCGAGGGAGUUGAGUAAAGCACAAACUACAAUUCAGCUACUACAAGAAAAAUUAGAAAAGUUAACUAAACUAAAGGAGAAAAAAAUACGUAUACUGCAAUUACGUGACGGCCCCUUCAUAAAAGAUCAAUUUAUCAAGAAAAACAAAUUACUUCUUCUAGAAAAGGAAAAUGCAGAUUUACUUAACGAAUUGAAAAAGAAUAAUCCAGCAGUGGAAACAGUACCCAUUUCUGUUUAUGAUUCACUAAAUUUCGAGUUGAAACAGUUCGAACAGGAAGUUUUUAAGUCAAAUAAAAGAUUUUCCAGACUAAAGCAAGUUUUCAAUAAUAAAUCUUUGGAGUUUAUUGACGUUGUAAACUCAUUAUUAGGUUUUAAAUUGGAAUUUCAACAAGAUAGUCGUGUGAAAAUAUUUUCCUGUUUCAAACCUGAAAAAUAUUUGAUUGCUGAUCUAAAUGAAAACACUUUGAAAUCUAACCUUGAUGCAGAUAUAGAAGGAUGGGAUGAUCUCAUGAAUCUAUGGGUGGAAGAUAGAGGUCAACUUCCGUGCUUUUUGGCAACAAUAACAUUGCGUCUGUGGGAACAGCGACAAGCCAAAUAA